AAUGACCUGCAAGCCUGGAAAAUUUUGCAGGGCAGUUUCACCGGACAGCUUUGCGGAGCUGUGCCAUUUGAAUUUCAGCACAGACCUCCGCACACUGUGCUCUCCAUUUCUGGCGUGUCUCCCAGCACAGAGUUUAGCUGAGGCUCGGGUUUAGUUUUCCCUCCUCUCUCUCCCUGCAGUGACAGCGUCCCCGGGCUGCGCUAGCCGGGCCUCCCGAGCGAUCAUGGAGGAUACUACUUUGCAGAUUAUCGAACCGCCAACUGCUUCCGAGGCCUCCGAGGAGCAAACGCCCGAAGAACCCAUCAAAUCCGACCAGAUCAACGGCGUGAUGGUGCUGACCCUUCUGGACAAGAUCAUCGGGGCAGUGGAUCAGAUCCAGCUGACCCAAACCCAGCUGGAGGAGAGACAGCAAGAGAUGGACAGCGCGGUGACCAGCAUCCAAGGCGAGCUAACCAAGCUGACGAAGGCGCACACCACCACCAGUAACACCGUGAACAAGAUGCUGGAAAAAGUCCGCAAGGUGAGCGUCAACGUGAAGACGGUUCGGCAGAACCUGGAGAAGCAAGCUGGGCAGAUAAAGAAGCUGGAGGCCAACGAAGCGGAGCUCUUGAAACGCAGGAAUUUCAAAGUCAUGAUCUACCAGGAUGAAGUGAAGCUCCCAUCGAAGCUGAGCAUCAGCAAGUCCCUGAAGGAGGGUGAAAAGCAAGAGAAGGAAGGCGAGGGUGAGGAGGCGCCGGCUGGUGAGGACCACGCGGAGGAGGAUCACAUCCAGCUCUCCUCAGAUGAGGAGGUGGAGAUCGAGGAGAUUAUCGAAGAGUCAAGGGCAGAGCGCAUCAAAAGGAGCGGCAUGAAGAGAGUGGAUGACUUUAAGAAGGCCUUCUCAAAGGAGAAGAUGGAGAAGACUAAGCUAAAGACCAAGGAAAACCUGGAGAAGACCCGCCACAACUUGGAGAAGACCCGCCACAACCUGGAGAAGAGGAUGAACAAACUGGGCACCAAGAUCGUGACCAACGAGAGGAGAGAGAAGAUGAAGACCUCUCGGGACAAGCUGAGGAAGUCUUUCACCCCCGACCACACCAUCUACGCCAGGUCCAAGACGGCCGUCUACAAAGUGCCACCCUUCACUUUCCACGUCAAGAAGAUAAGAGAGGGCGAGGUGGAAGUCAAAGCCACGGAGCUGGUGGAGGUGGGCGGAGAGGAGGGAGAAAACUCGGAUCUGAUGCGUGGGGAGAGCCCCGAGAUGCACACGCUGCUGGAGAUCACGGAGGAGUCCGACGCGGUACUGGUGGACAAGAGUGACAGUGAGUAGGACCCGCGGCAGCGCGGAAGGCUUGCGGACGGACGGCUGAACACGGAACCAGUCACGUUUUGAGAUCUCUCCGCCCCGGUGCCCCGGGGGAAGCGUACACCAUGCCUCUUUACUACCCCGCAGAGCCGACGCCAAUCCCCUGCCUGCUAGGACGAGGUUGUAUUUUAUAUUUUAGUUUUAGCACACAGGAACACUAGGAACACGGGACUGUUUUUAUCUUACACGCGUCAAAUCACCCUCGGAGACCAUUCCUGACACAGGCUGCGUGAGAGCCUUCCAGCCACCGCCCC